AGUAGUCUACAUUUAUUUUACUGUCAUUCUGGAGUCGAUAUCUCAACUCUCUCUCUCUCUCUGAAGUCUGAACAAUGGCUCACCUCUUCAGAGAGCUGUCUCUGGGCCAUUCCAAGAGGGAGACAACGCCCCCACCACCGCCAUUAACAGUAAUGCCUACCACAAACGAAGCCGCCACUGAUCUCCCUUCCCCGCUUGGGGAACUCGCCUCCCAACUCUCCCUUUCUGACCUUCGUCUCACCGCCUACGAGAUCUUCGUCGCCGCCUGUCGCACUUCAUCCGGCAAGCCCCUCACCUUCAUCCCCAAUUCCGACUCCCCUGGCCACCACCACUCCCCCGCCUCCCCUGGGUUGCAGCGAUCCCUCACCUCCACUGCUGCCAGCAAGGUCAAGAAGGCUUUCGGCCUCAAAUCGCCCUCCGGGUCGGCCUCCAAGAAUAGUCCCGGUUCGGGCUCUGGUUCCGGUCCGGGGAAGCCGAGGAGACCGCUUACGGUUGGGGAGCUGAUGAGGACUCAAAUGGGGGUCUCGGAGGCCAUGGAUUCCAGGGUCAGGAGAGCUCUUCUGAGGAUCGCUGCUGGCCAGGUUGGAAGGCGAAUCGAGUCGGUGGUAGUCCCACUUGAGCUGUUACAGCAGCUCAAGCUUUCAGACUUCACUGAUCAACAAGAAUAUGAUGCGUGGCAAAAGAGAACCCUGAAAGUUCUUGAGGCUGGUCUCCUCUUGCAUCCCCGCUUGCCACUAGAUAAGUCAUAUUCUACUGCACAGCGGCUGCGGCAAAUUAUUCAAGGUGCAUUGGAUAGACCCAUUGAAACUGGGAAGAACAAUGAAUCUAUGCAAGUGCUUCGUAGUGCUGUUAUGGCUCUUGCCAGCAGAUCUUCCGAUGGGUCUCUCCACGAGUCAUGCCACUGGGCAGAUGGGUUUCCAUUGAAUCUCCAGUUCUAUGAAAUGCUUCUAGAAGCGUGCUUUGAUGCUAAUGAUGAAACAGCUAUUAUCGAAGAAGUUGACGAGCUUAUGGAACACAUUAAGAAGACAUGGGGAAUUCUUGGAAUGAACCAGAUGCUCCAUAACAUUUGCUUCACGUGGGUUUUAUUUCACCGUUUUGUCGCAACUGGCCAAGUUGAGAUGGAUCUUCUGUACUCGGCCGAUAGUCAGCUUGCAGAAGUUGCAAAAGAUGCAAAAACAACAAAGGAUACAGAGUACUCCAAGAUCUUGAGUUCUACAUUAAGUUCAAUCUUGGGUUGGGCAGAGAAAAGGCUCCUUGCAUAUCAUGACACUUUUGAUGGUGGAAAUGUCGAUACCAUGCAGGGCAUUGUUUCUCUGGGUGUAUCAGCUGCCAAGAUUUUGGUUGAAGAUAUAUCCAAUGAGUAUCGCAGAAGGAGGAAAGGUGAAGUUGAUGUGGCUCGCAACAGGAUUGACACUUACAUCAGGUCAUCACUUCGCACAGCUUUUGCUCAGCGAAUGGAAAAGGCAGACUCAAGCAGAAGAGCAUCCAAAAACCAGCCAAAUCCUCUUCCUGUUCUUGCCAUCCUUGCAAAGGAUGUUGGUGAUCUGGCAAUUAAUGAGAAGGAGGUGUUCAGUCCAAUACUGAAGCAAUGGCAUCCUUUUGCAGCUGGUGUGGCUGUGGCCACCCUUCAUGCCUGCUAUGGGAAUGAGCUCAAACAAUCCAUAUCAGGUAUAAUGGAGUUGACACCAGAUGCUGUACUAGUGUUGCGAGCUGCAGAUAAGCUGGAGAAAGAUCUUGUACAGAUAGCUGUGGAAGAUUCAGUGGACAGUGAUGAUGGUGGGAAGGCAAUAAUCCGUGAGAUGCCUCCUUAUGAAGCUGAAGCUGCAAUUGCCAAUCUGGUGAAAGGUUGGAUCAAAACAAGAUUAGACAGACUGAAGGAGUGGGUCGAUAGGAAUCUGCAACAAGAGGUCUGGAACCCAUUGGGAAACCAAGAAGGAUAUGCUCCAUCUGCUGUCGAAGUUUUGCGUAUUCUGGAUGAAACGUUGGACGCAUACUUUCAGUUGCCAAUACCAAUGCAUCCUGCAUUGCUUCCUGACUUGAUGGUUGGUCUUGACAGAUGUCUUCAAUAUUACAUAACCAAGGCAAAAUCUGGCUGUGGAUCACGGAAUACAUUUAUUCCCACCUUGCCAGCUUUGACCAGAUGUACCAUGGGAUCAAAGUUCCAAGGCUUUGGGAAGAAGAAAGAAAAAUCACCAAAUUCUCAGAAGAGGAAUCCUCAGAUUGCAACAAUGAAUGGGGAUAACUCUUUUGGGAUAUCACAGCUGUGCGUUCGUAUAAACACUCUGCAAAGAAUCUGGAGUGAGUUGGAUGUUAUGGAGAAGAGGAUAAUUACUCGACUCAGAAACUCUGAGUCUGCUCAUGCAGAGGACUUCUCAAACGGUUUAGUGAAGAAGUUUGAGCUUUCUCCUGCUGCUUGUGUGGAAGGAAUUCAGCAGCUCUCCGAAGCAGUGGCUUAUAGAAUCGUUUUUCGUGAUCUAAGUCAUGUUCUAUGGGAUGGCUUAUAUGUUGGAGAGCCAUCAUCUUCAAGGAUUGAUCUCUUUCUUCAGGAGCUUGAGAGGAACUUGCUGAUCAUUUCAGACACUCUGCAUGAAAGAGUUCGUACACGGAUUAUAACAGACAUAAUGAAAGCCUCCUUUGAUGGGUUCUUGCUGGUAUUGCUUGCUGGAGGCCCCUCCCGUGCUUUCUCUCGGCAAGAUUCUCAGAUAAUUGAGGAUGAUUUCAAAUCCCUGAAAGAUCUAUUCUGGGCAAAUGGGGACGGGCUGCCUUCUGAGUUGAUAGACAAGUUUUCUACCGCAGUGAGAGGUGUACUUCCACUAUUCCGAACUGAUACUGAGAGCCUUAUUGAGCGGUUCAGACGUGUGACCUUGGAGACGUAUGGCUCUUCUGCCAGGUCCAGACCUCCAUUACCUCCAACUUCUGGACAAUGGAACGCAACAGAACCGAACACACUUCUACGUGUUUUAUGCUAUCGGAAUGACGAAGCGGCCUCGAAGUUUCUAAAGAAAACUUAUAAUUUGCCCAAAAAACUGUAAAAAACUAGAGGCAUGGAGCAUGGGCAGGCAGGCUGCUCUUGCAUUGAUGCUGAAUGUGCAGAUCGUCUUGUAUUCUGCUUGUAUUUAGUAAAGAUGGCCCAAGUAAGAGGCUCUUUCAUUUUACUCGCUUUGGCAAGCAUCAGGUGCUUUGAGAAGUAGUAGUGAUUUUGUUUCUUAUAUUGCAAGUGCCUCAUUAGAUCAACCACUGCUCACGACAAUCUGAAGUCCCAGUGGAGACGAAAAAGGAUGCAGGACUCCAGAGGCAUGCCUGUGCAAGGAAGGUGGAUGGUAUUCUUUGAUAUUCAUUUUCAUCAUAUAAAGUCGUGAGAUUCGAUUGAUGUUAUUCUUGUCCAUUCUACGCUGCAUGGUACGGCAUAUGUUUUCUUCUCACGUUUCCUUCGCUCUCAGCUAAAUCUUUUGCAUUCGUUGUUAUUUUUUACCCUUUCUGGUUGAGUUCCUUUGUAGUGGUUGAUCAGCCUUACUGGUACAAGGCAUAGUAUAGGCAGCUUUAUUGUGCUUAUUCAAUUACUGAAAUUUGUUAUUAGCCUGUUGUUGUAUGAGCAGGCUGUUGUUCAUUGCAGUCAUAUUUAUUUGGUACGUAUGAAA